UAGUAAAAGUCUAAAAGAUGGCCGGUCGAUUCCAAGCGCCAAGGAUUUUGGAUUGGCAUGAAAUAAAAUCGUGUGGCUAAUUGGUUUUCACGACCUCCAAAUAUCUUCAAUCCGGACCCUCAUCCUCUGUGACUGACUUUUCCCCCUUGCCUUCCUUGUUUCACUUCACUUUCCAGCUAAAAGCCCAAGUCAUUUACUCACCUUGGACUCAAAACUCCCCACUGCAGCAGCUUCAUCAGAUCAACCCAUGGCCUCUAUUUCAAGAUUUGUGGGAAAAGACUCUAGAUUUCUGUCGUUUGAUCCUUCUCAGAAACCAAGUCAUGGUUUUUCUCCCAGGAGAAUUCAAUCCCAUUUAAGUUUUAGAGAUGGGGUUAGUAAAGCUGAGCCUAAGAAAAAUUGCUUGAGGAUUCAAAAUAAGCCACAAAUUUCAGUUGAUGGAACUAUAAAAACCCCUGCUUUGUGGAAAUUAAGACUUUCUUGCAAGGCAGCCGCAAAUGUAUCUGGAGAUAUUCCAGGUGAUUCUUCUAGUGGCAUGAGCCAGUAUGAAAGAAUCAUUGAGACUUUGACAACACUUUUUCCUGUGUGGGUUAUAUUAGGUACUGUCAUUGGUAUCUACAAGCCUUCUGCGGUGACUUGGCUGGAAACUGACCUUUUCACUCUUUGUUUGGGAUUCCUCAUGCUUUCAAUGGGAUUAACACUGACUUUUGAUGACUUCAGACGCUGUCUGCGGAACCCAUGGACUGUGGGUGUAGGAUUUUUGGCACAAUACUUGAUUAAACCACUGUUAGGCUUUGCCAUUGCAAUGGCUCUAAAAUUGUCUGCUCCCCUUGCAACUGGUCUUAUCCUGGUUUCAUGCUGUCCUGGAGGGCAGGCAUCGAAUGUCGCAACUUUUAUAUCAAAGGGCAAUGUAGCACUAUCUGUUCUUAUGACAACGUGUUCAACUAUUGGAGCUAUUCUGAUGACUCCACUACUCACUAAGGUUUUAGCUGGUCAGCUUGUCCCUGUUGAUGCAGUGGGGCUUGCCAUCAGCACAUUCCAGGUUGUGUUAGUACCAACUAUUAUUGGAGUGCUAUCAAAUGAGUAUUUCCCCAAGUUCACAUCCAAAAUAAUUACAGUUACCCCUCUAAUUGGAGUUAUAUUGACAACUCUUCUCUGUGCAAGUCCAAUUGGGCAAGUUGCAGAUGUCUUGAAAACUCAGGGCGCGCAAUUACUCUUUCCUGUCGCCCUCCUACAUGCUGCUGCCUUUUUUCUGGGUUACUGGAUCUCGAAGAUGUUUUUUGGCGAAUCAACCUCCCGAACCAUUUCAAUUGAAUGCGGGAUGCAGAGUUCUGCACUAGGAUUUCUACUAGCACAAAAGCACUUCAAAAACCCGCUAGUUGCUGUACCCUCUGCAGUGAGCGUUGUUUGCAUGGCGCUCGGUGGAAGCGCGCUGGCCGUCUACUGGAGGAACCAGGCGAUUCGUGUUGACGACAAGGAUGACUUCAAGGAAUAGAAGUCUGCUACUUCAAUUCUCCUGUGUGUUUGUGUUUAUAAAAUCUUAGACUAGAGGCUAGAGCCAUUCUUCGCAUUCCAGGACACCAUUAGCAAUUCCUUCGCUUCUGUUAGUUGUAAUCUUCAAUGAAAGAACGAUUUUGGGCCUUAGGCAAGUUGCCAUUUGUCUGAUUGAGCUGAAUGAAAUUUGUUAAUGAAUAGCCUA